AUUCGGGGGUUGCACGGAGUCUGGGACGAAGACUUGCACACUCGACUGCCGUCGCAUGCUCUAAAGCUCCGGUGAACUUGUCUCUCUUCGACGGCCGAUUGGAUUGGCGAUGGCGAGAAGUUUAGGAUUUAUUAUUGUACUACUAGCAGUAACGUCGAUCUGUGAUGCCGUGGCGAUCUUUCAUCCGAUCUCUGAAUCUCACCGGUCCGCCGCAUUAGAGCUGUUCUCUCCCGCCGCUGGAUCGUUUUCGGGGUUAGAAGAAGCAUAUGAAGCAUUACGGACAUUCGAGGUCCUUGGAAUAGAGAAGCCUGAUACAAAGGACCAUACUUGUAAUUCUGUGGUGGAUACUCUUUCUUCAUCGUCUUCAAACUUAAAGGAUUUGUAUCAUUCGUUACGAGUUAAUGGGCUAUUAAAAUGCAAGACCAGUAAGGAAGCUUUAACGGGCACUGUAUCAAGACUUAAAGGUGGUGUCAAAGAAGCAACAACGCUUCUGGAUUAUUAUUAUUCAGUAGGAGGUUUGCUACUUGUUAAGGAUCAGAGUUCUGAAGUUGAUGUACUUCUUGGGAAUGCUGAUGGGAUUUUACGCUCCAUAAAGGCUCUCAGCCAAAGUGAUGGAAGGUGGCGCUAUAGUUCUAACAAUCCCGCGUCUAGUACUUAUGCUGCAGGAGUAGCACUUGAAACCCUUUCUGGAGUUAUUUCAUUAGCAGCUUCUGCGAUCGAUGAAAAUCUGAUUGGUACACUGAAAAAUGAUAUUGUGAAGCUUUUUGACAGUAUUGAGAAGUAUGAUGAUGGGGCUUAUUACUUUGAUGACAAGGUCAUUGAUGCAAGUGGACAUCAAGGUCCACUUUCAGCUACCUCAGCAGUUGUUCGAGGGCUGACAACCUUUGCUUCCACUUCUGGAACUUUGAAUAUACCUGAGGAAAAGAUUUUGGGUUUGGCAAGAUUUUUUCUCGGCGUUGGAGUUCCUGGCAAUAGCAAGGACUUGUAUUACCAAAUUGAUGCUCUAUCCUGCUUAGAAAACAAUAGGGUAUCUGUUCCUCUAAUUUUAUCACUUCCAGCUACCGUGCUUUCAUUGACCAGUAACGAUAAACUUAAGGUCAGGGUGAACACCGUGCUGGGAUCUAUUGCUCCUCCUUUAUCAGUAAAACUCAUGCAAGUUUUCAGCUCCGGUUCAAAGGAUGCUCCGGUCCUUAAAGAGGAACUUAAGUUUGAUCCAAAAGAAGCAAUCCAUACCAUGGAUGCUUUGCCAGAAGGUGUUGAUAUAGGGGAGUAUGUUUUUGCUUUUGAGAUUGUGCUUUCAGAUCCAGAAGAUAAAAGAAAAUAUGCAACUGGAGGCCGAACAAAAGUGCCAAUCCAUGUUACAGGAGUUGUUGGAGUUGAUAAUGCCAAACUUACACUGCUUGAGGGUGAUAGCGUAGAGUCUGAAAAGAAGCUUAAUUUACCUGGAAAGAAUGAUGUGGCUCUAUCAGCAAACCACCUUCAAAAGUUGCAUUUAUCCUUUCUGUUGACAACUCCACUUGGCAAACCAUUCAAGCCUCAUCAGGCGUUAUUUAAGUUGAGACAUGAAACCGGUGUUGAACAUAUCUUUGUUGUGGGAAACUCUGGGAAGCAGUUCAAGAUAGCACUGGAUUUUCUUGGUCUUGUUGAGAAGUUUUUCUAUCUCUCUGGCCAAUACGAUAUUGAGCUGAUCGUGGGUGAUGCCGCCAUGGAAAACUCUUUCUUACAACCGCUUGGCUAUGUUGAGUUAGAUCUACCUAAAGUACCGGAAAAGGCAACCCGCCCCCCUUCACAAGCUGUUGAUCCUUACCUAAGAUAUGGGCCCAAGGCAGAGAUAAACCACAUUUUCCGGGUUCCAGAAAAACGUCCUCCUCAAGAGGUUUCUUUUGCUUUCUUGGGUCUCGUUUUUGUUCCAUUCCUGGUGUUCUUGAUUGGGUUAUUACGUCUUGGUGUGAACUUGAAGAACUUCCCUACGUCGACCGUACCUGCCACCUUUGCCAUCCUUUUCCAUGGUGGCAUUGCAGCCGUGCUCUUGCUCUAUGUGUUUUUCUGGUUGAAGUUGGAUCUUUUCACCACAUUGAAAGCUUUGGGAGUAAUAGGGAUCUUCUUGAUGUUUGUGGGACAUAGCACUCUUUCCCACAUUGCUUCAGUAUCAGUCAAGGUAAAAUCGGCUUGAAAGGAACGACCAACCAAAUUGAUACCGUUUUCAUGUAAUUCAGUGAAUCAUGUUAUCGUUAUCGUUGGUAGAUUAUAGAAUCAGUUAUAUCGGUAUCCAGUUUUCACUUUUGAGUUUGAUCUUGUAUUAUGUAAUCCCCUGUUUAGUUUGAUCUUGUAGUGUUAUCUAAUCCAAUUUUAUAGGGAUAUCCAAUUUUACGGUGCUUUAGGAGUUAA